AUGACAAACCCCAUUUCACUUUGCACACUACAAACCGGUCCCCAAGGGCAGGUGUGGCUGCAGGUGUGGCUGCAGGUGUGGCUGCAGGUGUGGCUGCAGGGCCUGACCCUGGGCCUGACCCUGACCCUGGGCCUGACCCUGACCCUGGGCCUGACCCUGACCCUGGGCCUGACCCUGACCCUGGGCCUGACCCUGACCCUGGGCCUGACCCUGACCCUGGGCCUGACCCUGACCCUGGGCCUGACCCUGACCCUGGGCCUGACCCUGACCCUGGGCCUGACUCUGGGCCUGACCCUGGCACAUGCAGACUUUUUGCUUCGUCCUUCUAUGUACCUGUAA